UCCAUAUGACGAGACAUGGCGGCCAUGUUGGGAAGGUCGACGUUCCCGUAGAAGUCAAAGCACGGACACCGAAACGAUGACGUAACUCAUUGGUCAACCGAUUUUCACGACGUGUUGUUGCUGUUUUGUCAGCGCCAAAAAGCGUAUGCUAUCAAUCAAAAGAGAAGCAAUGUAUUUUUCGUGACUUUUGAGAGGGACUCCCAGUUUUCCCUUGUCGUAAUUGUACUUUGUUUUACGUCUUCCUCGGUCUUUGACCUCCUUCAGUUUAGCCACAGAUUGCUGCAUCUGUGGCGUCUGGCACAUUUUGUGGCCGGGCCGCGAAAGUGACGUCAUUCCGCGAGCUCGGAGGAGGCAGCUCUCGCGGUUGCGUCUCCCCCAUUCGGCCAGCCGCCGCCGCCGCCGAUGUCGUUUCUCCUUCCACGGCAUCGUAUUUGGUUCGAAACGGCUUGUUUUGGCUACUGGUCAAUACGCAUUAUGUUCAUAUAACUUAUUACUUUGGUGUAUCGAUUGUAUAUUGUAUACAUCGAAAACAAUGAGGCAAUAGCAGAAAGUGACCGAUAGGAGGCAGCAAUGUAGCAACAGCGACUUAUUUACUGCAGGCGAACCAACGAAGAAGCCCGACAUUAGCAUCGCGCCGCUAACUAUGCGACUGUAAACGUAGAGUCGCUGCGUACGUGAUUGCGACUAAUUCGGAUACUUUUAUGCAUUCGUCGAACAUUGAGCGGAAACGUGUCGGUUUAUUUCAAUUCCGUCUCGCCGCGCUUCGAAACUUCUGCGCUUAGCUUAGCUUGUUAGCGGCCAACAAAGACGCGCGGAAGUUAGCGACACACGCUAACGCUUGUGAUUAGUUUUGUUGUUGUUGUUGUUUGGCGAAAAUGUGCAAAGUGAAAAUGCUGCGAGCUGUGGUGGACCAGCGGCUGGGCGCGGCCGUGGAGGAAAUCUUCGCGCUGGUGGAGAGAACCAUAAGAGAGUACGACGAGGAACUUUCCAGAAGCAAGCAGGAGAACCGGCGGCAGCGUCAAGUCCUCGACGCCCUUCUGAAAGCUGGCACGGACUCGCACGCGCCAGACGUCCAUCGAGAAGCUCUCCCCGAGCGGCGGCGGCGGCAGCAUGAGCGGAGCUCUGGGGCGGAGGAGUAUGAGGAGCCCGAGGAACCCGAGGAGCCAGAGGAGCCAGAGGAGCCCGAGGAGCCCGAGGAGCCCGAGGAGCCAGAGCCCGCCCUGGUGAAAGAGGAAACCCCCCGGAUUGACGACGAGGACCAGACGGAGCAGUUUGAAGGAUCGCAUCAGGACGAGGCCGACGCGGACGUGGACGCGAGUGAACUUCCAGUGGCGCUUGUCAUCGUGAAGAGCGAAGAAGAGGAAGCAGCAGAAGCCGACGGCAAGGAGGAAGAAACCAAAGGUGACGACAAACUCUUCCAAUGUUCUCAAUGCCAAAAAAGCUUUUCCCACCGGAAGAACUUGAAAAGACACACGAGAUGUCACACAGGAGAGAAACUCAUCAGCUGCUCGUUUUGCGGCGAGAGGUUCUCGCAGCGGGAACAUUUGCUCGAACACGGCCGAAUCCACGGCGGGGACAAACCCUUUUCCUGCUCGGUGUGCGACAUGACCUUCCGCUUUCACUCCACCUUUGUCAACCACAUGCGGACGCACACGGGCGAGAAACCGUUCAGCUGCCAGGUGUGCCACAUGAGCUUCGGCGUCCACUCGUCGCUGCUGAGGCACGCGCGCACGCACUCGGGCGAGAAACCCUUCGCCUGCUCAUUUUGUGACAAAAAGUUCCCCAGAAAGACAAGUUUGAAAGAGCACACCAGGAUCCACACUGGAGAGAAACCUUUCUCCUGCUCCGCGUGCGACAUGACGUUCCGGUUUCAUUCCAAGCUGGUGAACCACAUGCGGACGCACACGGGCGAGAGGCCGUUCGCCUGCUCCGUGUGCGGCAAAACCUUCGCUCAGAAGGAGCAUCUCAGGAUCCACAUGGUCACGCACACGGGAGAAAAAGCCUUCGGCUGCUCCGUGUGCCGUCAGAGAUUCUCGGCCAAGAGCAGCUUGGUGACGCACACGAGGACGCACACGGGCGAGAAGCCCUUCGGCUGUCAGCUGUGCCGGAGACAAUUUGCGUACAAGUACCAGCUGGACAAACACGCGUGUGCUUCUGGCGAGAGCAGCGGCGCUGUUUAGAUGGGACUUUUUGUCAUAUGUAACAUGCUUCGGGCGCGAUCGACAAAAAGUGACACCCCCCCCCCCCCCCCCCUUUCAUGAGGACACAAUAUUGGUUUCUGUGACAAUGGAAGAAGGACACCUACUAAACGAACGAGGAGCCUCUUUCCCAUCUGUCGUCGGCGGGAAAAUGUUGGUUUCUUGCUUUUUCCGUUUUUUAGUAACCAGCAAUAGAACAAGGAUCCGCUUUCACCCGAAAACACCUGCUUCUGACUGGAAAGCAGAGAAAAAGAAACAGUGACUUGGAUGCAAAUCUUUUUUGCUGUUGUGACACCUGACAUGAUAAAAGCACACAAACAAGA